AUGGUGAUUGGUAUGUUGUAUCAAAUCCUUUGCCUUCUUUUAGCUUUUUUGCAAUAUCUCCAGGUUGCUUGUUCAUGGAGUUCCUCUUCCUCUUUUCUUCAUUCAACUCAUUUAUGUCUCCCAGAACAGAGAGCUGCUUUGCUCGAAUUUAAAAACACCAUUUCUCUUGAUGAUUAUUGUGGGAUAUUUGCUUCUUACCCCAGAACAAAUUCCUGGAACGAAAGCACCGAUUGCUGUUCAUGGGAGGGAGUCACCUGCAACAAGGUAACCGGUCAUGUAAUUGGUAUUGAUCUUAGUGACAGCUGCCUUCACGGUUCUCUCCAUGCAAACAACAGCCUCUUCCACCUUCAAAACCUUCAAUGGCUUGACCUCAGUUUCAAUGAUCUUUCUGGCUCUCUUCUUGAAAACAGCAGUCUCUUCCACCUACAAGGACUCCACGAGCUCAACCUUGCUCACAAUGAUUUCAAUGGCUCUAUCUCAUCAGAGUUAUUUACUCAGUUAGUGAGUUUAACCCAUCUUAAUCUCUCUCAUUCUGGAUUCUCUGACUUAAUCCCAUAUGAAAUUAGUCUCCUGUCAAAUUUGGUUUCGCUUGAUCUUUCCAUUAAUGCUUAUUCCAACUUGAGAUUUGAUGCACAAGGUUUUGACAUGCUUGCAAGAAACUUAACCAAAAUAAGAAACCUUGUCCUUGAUUAUGUAGAUAUGUCUGGUGUUGCAGUUUCUUCCUUUCUAAACUUGACUUCAUCUGUGGAAAGUUUGAGUCUCAGAGAUUGUCAAUUACAUGGGGAAUUCCCAAGUGAAAAUUUUCAGCUUCCAUACCUUCAACAUAUAGAUUUAGGUUGGAAUGAAAAUCUCACAGGUUAUCUGCCUAAGACAAACCUGAGUCGUGCCCUUAAGUUGUUGGACCUUUACUAUUGUGGUUUUAGAGGGUCAAUUCCUGCAUCAUUUGGAAAUCUCACUCAAAUUAUUUCCAUAGAUUUAUCUGGAAAUAGUUUUGCUGGACAGAUUCCAGAUUUUUUUGGAAACCUCAACAAAUUAACUUUUUUGACAUUUUAUUCCUGCAAUUUUAGUGGUCAGCUUCCAAUAACAAUGUUCAACCUCACACAAAUCACCGAGCUAGAUUUGUCAAAUAACCGAUUAGAAGGUCCCCUGCCAAAUCAUGUUAGUGAGCUUCAAUUGCUUGAGGUAUUUCGGUUAUCUAAUAACUCUGUAAGUGGUGGAGUACCAUCUUGGCUGUUUACUUUGCCAUCAUUGCAAAAUCUAGACCUCAGCCAUAACAAACUCACCGGUCCAGUUGACCAAAUUCAGAAGCCUAAUUCUGUCAAAUAUGUUGAUUUGAGUUCUAAUAACAUUCAUGGUCCAAUACCCAGUUCUUUUUUUGAUCUUGUGAACCUUAGCACGCUUCAUAUUUCAUCAAACAACUUGAGUGGUGUCAUCGAGUCAAAUAUGCUCUCGAAGCUUCAAAAUCUUUAUGAUCUUGAUCUUUCGAAUAAUGGUUUACUAUCAUUAAGCACUAGCGGCAAUGAUGUUAACUAUUCCUUCCCUCAGCUUUCUAAAGUGUCAUUCUCUUCUUGUAGCAUAAGACAGUUCCCAAAUUUCUUUCGAACAUCAAAGUUAGAGUUUUUAGAUCUUUCUAAUAACAAGAUUUCUGGUGGAAUUUCCAAAUGGGAAGCUGAAGGAUGGGAACAAUUGACCAUGUUGAACCUUUCCUACAACUUUCUGACCACUUUGGAGCAAUUCCCAGGAAAGAGACUUGAAGUUCUUGACCUUCAUUCCAACUUGCUUCAAGGGCCAAUUCUCUCAACCUGCUUGAAUCUUCAAAUGCCAAAUCCACCACUAUUCUUGAGCAUAUUUUUGAUUUCAGAGAAUAACUUGACCGGAAAUAUCCCUUCCCUGAUUUGCAAUUGGACAUCGCUUGUGGUUCUCGACUUGUCUAAAAAUAGCUUGAGUGGAACUAUUCCAGAAUGUCUAGGAAAUUUCAGCUACUCUCUCAAGUUCAUGAAUUUGCAGAUGAACAACUUUUCUGGCAAAAUCCCUGAUUCUUUUAUGAACAAUCUGCUGAAAAAUCUUUUCCUCAAUGACAAUCAAAUGGAUGGAUUGCUACCGAGAUCUUUGGCUAAUUGUAGUUACUUGGAAGUUCUAAAUUUAGGGAACAACAAGUUAACUGACACCUUUCCCCAUUGGUUAGCUUCACUUCCGAGUCUGCAAGUUCUUAUCUUGCGAUUUAAUAGAUUGCAUGGUUCCAUUCCCAAUUCCAUAGCUUCAUCUAACUUUUCUGCAUUGAGAAUAAUUGAUCUCUCAGGAAAUGAGUUCACCGGCCCCUUGCCAACAAAAUUGGUCCAAAAUUUGAGAGCAAUGAAAGAUGUACCGAAACAGAAACCUUCAGAGCCAUUCUUAUACAAGAGUACAGAUCGUAGAGUUGGAUAUGCCUAUGAUUAUUACCAAAUUUCUGUGAAUGUAACAAUGAAAAGAUUGGAGAUUGAGUUGGUGAAAACCUUGGCCAUUUUCAUAGCCAUGGACUUUUCAAACAACCUAUUCUGUGGACAAAUUCCUGAGGCGCUUGGAGAACUUAUUUCUCUGCAAAUGCUCAACUUCUCUCACAACAACUUUACUGGUUCUAUCCCACCAUCUUUAGGAAAUCUGGUAGCACUUGAAUCGUUGGAUCUCUCAUCAAACAAGCUUGGUGGCGGAAUUCCUUCCCAAUUGACGAAUCUGACAUUCCUUGCAGUGUUAAACCUGUCAGAAAAUAAUCUUGUCGGACCAAUUCCCCAUGGGAAUCAAUUUGGCACGUUUGAUAAUGAUUCUUACAGCGGUAACUUGGGAUUGUGUGGCUUACCAUUGUCAGAAAAAUGCGGCAAUGAAGAGAAACGAAAACCACCUGCACCGAAGUUUAAAGAAGAUGAAGAUUCUGCAAUACCCUUCAUUUGGAAACUUGCAAUGAUGGGUUACGGAUGUGGACUGAUGCUAGGAUUGAGUAGUGGAUAUAUUGUGUUCACAACUGGAAGACCAUGGUGGUUUGUGAGAAUGGUUGAGAGAGAUUGGCAAAAGAAUGUUACAAAGUGGAUUCGCAGCAAUAAAGGAAGAAGAAACUAG